ACAAUGUCAACAAGAGGGGAAAUAAGAUUUCUUCCUCUUCAUACAAUUGCGCCCCAUCAUAAUAUUACCUAAUGUAUAGUCUAUUUAAUUCACCACAAAAGCGCAAAGGCGCAUCACCUUCUAAAGUUUCUCUCAAUGGACUCUUUUCCGAUGGAAAAUGGAAAUGUAAAUACUCCAAAACAACAUGUCCAUUUAUCUGUUAGGCUGACACAUAGGGGAAGGCAACUGCAAUCCAAGAUUACCAGCCGUAAAAUUUCAAGUUAAGAAAGCAGGGCCAAAUAAAGGUCGAUGGUUCUAUACAUGCCAAGAACCAAAGGAGACAGCAUGCGGAUUUUUUCUAUGGGAUGAUAAAGCCAAGGGGAGAGAGAUGGGUGCAGUGUUAAACAAUACAAGAACGGAACCUCAUACUCCCGACUCGCGCGAACCGGUGACUCCAUCGAAAGAUAAACGGACUUUGGAAGGGCAUGCGAUGGCUAGCAACAAAUGGCUUGAAGACCUUGGAAAGAAGGAGGAUGAUGAAUUUGGCGCAUGGCCCUUAACUCGAGAGGAUGAGGAGAAAGUGGUUAAGACGGUUGAGAGGACAGACCCUGGAAGUUUUCCAGAGACUCCAAGGAAGGGGAUGGAUAGCAGGACUGCGACACCAGGAAGCAAAAGGAAACGAGCUGAAGAAGAGAGUAAUGGCGCUGGUGUGUAUCCUACGCCUUCAACAAAAGGUCCGCGAGAUGAAGAUAUCUUUGGCACUCCAUCUACAAGCCGUAAAAGAUUAAAUGGUGGCAUAUUCGAUGGGAACGAAAGAUCUGCUCAUUUUAGUCCAUCGGAGACACCUUCUCCCAUGCGAUUUAAGAAUGUCACAAUGGAUGCACUUCCAAAAUUCAUGACCUCUCCUUCCAAGAGCAGUACCGGAGACCCGCAACAAAGUUACGACAUGACCGAAGAGAUUAUGGAUCUCCUAAAAGAUCAACAUAUCGACGAGGAAGUCAAUAUCAAAUUAUGCCAAAUGCUAACCAGGCAUGCGCUUAAAAUAUCCGGUAUCGUCAAGGGAAGGGAUAUCACCCGGAUGGCUCUAAGAAGUAAAGAUACGAAAAUCGCAGAGCUUCAACAGCGGAUCACGGCUCUGGAACAUGAACAUGAUAUGGAUCAAGCGGUGAUCAAGCGCCUCAGGGAUCAAAAUGCUGGAUAGGAGGCACUUGGUUUUGUAUGAGAUAUUCCAAGGAGAUGCGAAUGAAUCAAUGUUCCUCGUCCCCUUGUAGAUAUUCUCUCCCCUCAAAUAAUCAGCACUAUACUCCAAGUCUUCACAUCAAUCUCCUCCAAGUAUCCUUCGAUCUCACAAGACCCUAGGGAUAAAUCGAGCAGCGUCAUAAAUAGGUAGGCAGGUAACAGGUUUGAAAUUUACAUUUCACGAAGCUCCACCACUCUAAAGACAUGAUCUAUCUAGUCGAUAGAAUUAUAUACCCGCUAUCUCGUUGCACACUAUGGGCCUAGACAAUAAUAGGCAGUCUCGGUCCCCUGUCCCUUUCUCGACGCUUAAGAGAUAGUCAAACACUAGUGGCUCAAUUCUAAGUUCUCGUCCUUCUAGAGAUCCCGGGAGCGCUGGCUGGGAAGAAUGGUACGGCAAGGCUUUAUCUAGUUAGGGUGCGGGAAAAGAGCAACGCGGAAGUCUACGGCAC